CGAAUCGUCGCUGCCCUCAGCCUUGCGCGUCGUCGCUACCUCCUCGGACAGGUAAGAAGCAGCCCAGAAAUUUUAUGAAUAAGCAUCAGAAGCCAGUGCUAACAGGCCAGCGGUUCAAAACUCGGAAAAGGGAUGAAAAAGAGAAAUUCGAACCCACAGUCUUCAGGGAUACACUCGUCCAGGGACUUAAUGAAGCUGGUGAUGACCUUGAGGCUGUAGCCAAGUUUCUGGAUUCCACAGGCUCACGAUUAGAUUAUCGUCGCUAUGCAGACACACUCUUCGAUAUCCUGGUGGCUGGCAGUAUGCUUGCCCCUGGAGGAACACGCAUAGAUGAUGGUGACAAGACCAAGAUGACCAACCACUGUGUGUUUUCAGCAAAUGAAGAUCAUGAAACCAUCCGGAACUAUGCUCAGGUCUUCAAUAAACUCAUCAGGAGAUACAAGUAUUUGGAAAAGGCAUUUGAAGAUGAAAUGAAAAAGCUUCUCCUCUUCCUUAAAGCCUUUUCUGAAACAGAGCAAACAAAGCUGGCAAUGCUGUCGGGGAUUCUGCUGGGCAACGGCACUCUGCCUGCCACCAUCCUCACCAGUCUCUUCACUGACAACUUGGUCAAAGAAGGCAUUGCAGCCUCAUUUGCCGUCAAGCUUUUCAAAGCAUGGAUGGCAGAAAAAGAUGCCAACUCUGUUACCUCGUCUUUGAGAAAAGCCAACUUGGACAAGAGGCUGCUUGAACUCUUCCCAGUUAACAGACAGAGCGUGGAUCAUUUUGCUAAAUACUUCACUGAUGCAGGUCUGAAGGAGCUUUCCGACUUCCUCCGAGUCCAGCAGUCCCUGGGCACCAGGAAGGAACUACAGAAGGAGCUCCAGGAACGUCUUUCUCAGGAGUGCCCAAUCAAGGAGGUGGUGCUUUAUGUCAAAGAAGAAAUGAAGAGGAAUGAGCUUCCAGAAACAGCUGUGAUUGGGCUUCUGUGGACCUGCAUCAUGAAUGCUGUGGAAUGGAACAAGAAGGAAGAACUUGUUGCAGAACAGGCUCUUAAGCACCUGAAGCAAUACGCUCCCCUGCUGGCUGUGUUCAGCUCCCAAGGCCAGUCAGAGCUGAUCCUCCUCCAAAAGGUUCAAGAGUACUGUUACGACAACAUCCAUUUCAUGAAAGCCUUUCAGAAGAUCGUGGUCCUCUUCUAUAAAGCUGACGUGCUGAGUGAGGAAGCAAUAUUGAAAUGGUAUAAAGAAGCGCACGUUGCUAAGGGCAAGAGUGUUUUUCUUGACCAGAUGAAGAAAUUUGUGGAGUGGUUACAAAACGCAGAAGAAGAAUCUGAAUCAGAAGGUGAAGAAAACUAAACAACUCAACAAGCACAAUACCUAGGUUCCCACACAAUACUUUCUGAUUGGGAAUGCUGAACCGUUUGGGCGGAGAAACUUGGCUUCUGUUUUCACAAAGGAAAAAAUAAAAUAGGAUAGGCUUCCCUUGUGCAGACUGGGAAAUGGUUUUUGUUUCUGUUUUGUUUUUAAAUGGAGCCCUGAGGCAUCAGCUGUUAUACUUGGGACUCUACCUCUCACUCACUGUAUGCUAACUUAAAGCCAUUUAACAAGGAGUCAAGUAGGAAUCCGAAAUUAAGUACUCAACAGACUCCUCUUUUUUAGCUGUAUUUUUCAGGUACUGUGUGGUGAACGCCCCACUGGUGUCUAUUACAGGCCACUUUGGUAGUUGUGUAUCUGCUCGUGUAUGUGAUUUGACAAACCAGUUUUUUAAAAUAAAUGGCUUUUUAAAAAUCUGGG